CUUAGCAAUCCGGUCAACUCGUCCCCUGGUCAACUCGUCCUCUGGUCAACUCGACACCUUUUUGGUCAACUCGUCCCCUACUUUUGGUCAACUCGUCCCUAAUAUGGUCAACUCGUCCCCUACUUUCGAUCUCUGUCUUUAAAAUGUCUUUAAAUAAUUCUUUUAUGUAAAAUAUGUAAAAUUAAUACUGAAUUUGAUUGAUAUCGAAAUAUUAAUAAAAUAAUUACGUCUUUUUUACGUUAAAUUUUAAUGAUCUUUAUCUAAGCGCACGUGCAUAGCUUUGAUGUCAAACUACAAAGACAGGUAAGUUUACAAACAUUCAAUUAAUGUUUAAUUAAUCGGAGUUUUAAUGAUAAUUAAAACUAAAAUUAGGUCCAACUCUUUGAUUUUUCCCGCCUCCCUGAAUGGAUUAAAGACUGACGACAGAUUAACAGAAAUUAGAAGCGCUAAAAACUUUAUGUCGGUGCGUAUUGAUCUCAUUAUAGAAGGAUCGUGUCAAUUAAAAACAUGAUAAUUGUUUGUUGGGAACUUGUCAAUAUAAAAGUUUCCCUGAUAAAUAUAAGAUUUAUUCUUAAAAACACAUUUGCGUUGUACGUUAUACGAACAUUGGAUUAUUUUUUUUGUGCAUAUCAAUCAUUUCUUAGAAUUCCAUAUUGUUGGAUUAUAGACUGCAUGUGAACGGUGUAUGUGACAAUUUUAAUUAUUUGUGUUGUUGAUUGUGAUUUUUUUAAUUGAUUAGUGUUGUUAAUUGUGACAAUGUACCCCUGCAUUGAUUGUAGGAAACAUGUGCGGAAAAAUCAGCAAGCACUUCAGUGUGAGCGCUGUGAACACUGGCAACACAGAAGUUGUAAUACAGGUAUAACAAUCGCCGACUAUAGGUCAGCUGUGAGAGGUGACCGGGAGAUUGCGUUCAUUUGUCAGCCAUGUAGUGCUACUGCUAGAGAAGAGCCUGCCGAUGAAUCUCUUCAGUGUUGUGCGGAGAACUCACACCAGUCCGACGAAUCAUGCAACGAGACGGGUUAUGUGGUCAGUUCAUCAGUCAACACAACAUUUUCUAGUGAGAACUACGAUGUCUCUAUGUCUGAGUAUGCUAAUGAAUCUGCUGCUGAUUGUUCAAGGUCUAUCCUAGCUGACAACUCCUACUACGAACGGGAUGACGUCCUAGAGUCUUCCGGCGAGGGUCCUGUGAUGCUUGGUUCUGUAAUCGAAGAUACGCCAGUGACUUACGAAAUACUGUCAGGUGCUUCACAGAGGGGUAAAGAUAUAUUAACGGACUCACAAGGAUACACGUACAACCUCAAGGGUAGGAAAAAAACUUCUUCUACAUGGCGCUGCAGCGUGCGCAAUGUUAACAAUGUGUGCCCAGCUCUUGUGCGACAAGUUGGCUCCGACUUCUUCCCUGGUGGAAAGGAUCACAACCAUGGUAGCGUGCCCUCAGCCAAAGCUAGGAUGUUGAUAACUCAAGAGGCAACGCAACAGGCAUCACAACAAGUGUUUACGUCGGCAGGUAGUAUAGUUGACAAAGUUGCUAACGUGGUAAUUCAACCGUCUGACGUCGAGAAGCCGAACACUGAGUACAUUGCUAGAGUAGUUAACCGCAAGAGACAACAACUUCGCCCAGAAGAACCUUCAGAUCUUAACUUCGAGGUGAAAGAAGACUUUUUACCGCCUAACUUUUAUCGGUGUGACGUGAGAGUUGGUGACAGCCGUCACCUGCUUUUUGCUAGCGACGAUCAAUUGGCCAUACUGAAGAAAGCGAAGAGAUGGUACCUCGAUGGGACAUUUAAGGUUGUGAGGGAACCUUUCACAAGCCUUUUUUCUAUCCAUGCCUUCGUAAGGAGCGGCGAUUGUGCGAAACAACUACCUCUCGUUUACGUCCUCAUGAGCAGCAGACGCACAAGAGACUACGUCGCAGUCCUUAAGAAACUGGGUCGUUUGCUACAGCGCGAAGUGAAUGUGGUUGACUUCGUUGUUGAUUUUGAGGCAGCCCUUUGGAAUGCAUUACGCCACGUUUUCGAGGAUGCAGAAAUCCACGGAUGCAGUUUCCACUGGGGGCAAGCAGUAUGGAGGAAAGUACAGGAAAAAGGCCUGUCUGCCGAGUAUGUCAGUCACCGAGGGGCACACCGCUUCAUCAGAAAACUUCUGUGUCUGCCAUUCCUUCCUGCAGAACACAUUGGUCCUGUGUUCGAGUCAAUGGCAGACUUAGCUCCAGACCGUUUUGAUGGACUGUUAGCCUACAUUAGACGGACCUGGAUCGACAAUGAUAUGUGGCCAGUCCAUUCUUGGUCGGUGUUUGGAUUGAGCAUCCGCACCAACAACGAUGUUGAAGGAUGGCAUAGAAGAUUGAAUGGGAGGGCUGGGGGAACGCCUCCAUUUUACCUUUUGAUCAAACUGCUCUACGAUGAGGCCCAGGUAGCGGUGAGGAACUCGGAAUUGAUAAGUGAAGGAAGACUUCGCCGCUACCAGCGCAAAAAGUACACAUAUCUUCAGGGACAGACUCACCAGUUGUGGGAUAAGUACAGGAAUGGGGAGUUAUCUUCAACAGGACUUUUGAGAGAGUUCGGCAACUUAUACAAGCCCCAAGAGUAAAAAAAACAACAACAAUGACAUAUGUGCAUGGGAAAAAAAACAAUGAAAGUGUGAAAGUGAAAGUGACUAUAUAUACAUGUAUGACAUAAUAUUGACAUACGAUAUGAUAUUUUAUCUUUGCAUAUAAAACAUGUUUUUAUAAAUUAAAUGUUAUUGCUAUU